UCUUUGCUGUGUUUUCUUUACAUUUGAAAUUUGAAAGAGCGAAUCCUAAGAUCUGAAGGGAAGGAAACAAUGGUGAAGGCAUCGACUAGUACGGGAGCGAUUUCGAAACCCAAUUCCGAGAUCAAGAAAUCCACCCUCCUCCAUCCUCCAUACUUUCAGAUGAUAACUGAAGCAAUAUCUUCGCUCAAAGAUCGGACCGGUUCAAGCCAACCUGCAAUUGCCAAAUUCAUGGAUGAAAAGUAUGGAACGGGUCUUCCCCAAAAUUUCAAGAAGGUAUUGUCUGUCCAAUUGAAGAAAUUCGCUCAAUCGGAGAGAUUGGUGAAGGUCAAAAACUCUUACAAAAUCUCUGUCACCGAGAAGCUCAAACCGGUUAGUCUCGGAGUUCAAGUGAAGCGACAGAGGAAGGACAAGGCAGCCGGGGAUACAAUCACCGUAAAGAUGGAGAAGAAGAAGGAAAUUGGAAAGGUGAAGAUACAGAAGACCAAAGAAACAGGGAUGGUCUCUACACCAAAGAACAACAAGAAGAAGCCGGUGAAGACACUGAAACCAAAGUCUUCUAUCAAAAAGGUGGGGAAAGUGAAGCGGUUGAGCCAGGUUAAAACUCCCGAAGGAAUGAAAAGGAAGAGAGCUCCAACCCCAUGGGAAGCACCAAAGUCCAGCAAAGGUUCGAAGGCUGUGCCGAAGAAAGCUUAAUAAAAAACUGGUUUUGUCUGUGUCUUACUCUAUCAAAUUUGAAAUUAGUCGUUUCUUCCUGUAAAUGGUUUCUUUAGAUUUGCAAAUUAUUGUUA